UGAUCCUCCCACCAUGGAAAAAGAACAGCUAAAAUUAACCAUUACCAUUGCAAACAAUAUUCAUGUUCAUAAUGACUUUGCACACAUGUUUUUAGAGAAACUACAAAUGAAAUCAAUUGAACAACAGCAUAAUGUGACUGCUCUAUGCAACUCGAGAUUAUUAGUAGACCUAUGGUGGAAUUAAUUUUAACUUCUGAUAAUUUGAUAUGAAUAAUAACAAAUUAUUAGCAACAUCAAUAAAUAAUGUGUGUAGGUAAAUAGUGAAAAAAAGGAAAACAAGAUUUGAGUUGCAUUCUUUCCAGAUACUGCUUAAAGUCACAUUAAGCUUUUUGGCAUGUAAUGUUCCUCAUUUAAAAGUUAAUAAUUCAUCCUUGGCAGUGGAAAUGUUGUGAAGCCAACUUCUAUGCAUCAUCAGAGGAAUGAAUGAGUGAGUAAGACAUCCCUCCAGUACAUUUAGUGUCGGCCCCUCACUGUGAAAAUAAUUACAUUUGAGAUGAGGUAUGCAUGUGACAUUUCAGUAAAAGCAUAUAAAACAAAAUCAUUUACAGCUUUCUGGAACACUAUUUAUAAAGAGUUUGUUUUACAGAUGGCAGAACAACUUCUGAGGGUCGUCUACUUAUGUUUUCAGACGAAAUCCGUGGUUUCUUGCUUUACAUUAAGCACAAUAAUGCCGUAUUGCUCAGAAUAAACACAAUCCCAGUCACAAAACUGCAGUUUUUGAGAUUGAAGACAUGAGCUUAACUUGAUUUGAUUAAAGAAAAUGUUUUCCAACAUGGCAUGCUAAGCUUGUUAAGCUCAUCGAACACAGACAAACAACUAAACCACUUAAAAAAAAAAACAUUUAAAAAUGAAAAAAACAACCAAACAAUUAGGAGCUAUGUGCUAUAAUUUAAAUUUCCGAGCUACUUUAAAGAGAAUCAAGUGUUUCUGACUGUUGUAGAGGUCGUAAAAUAAAAAUACCCCACAGAAGACAAACCUGCCUAUUAGAAUAAAGACAUUUUAAUAACGUGAGAAGCUGCUUUUUGCGAAGGAGGGAGGCAGUGACGCCAUCCAAGACCAAAACAGGUAUGUAUCAAACUCCCAUCAACGCUAAAGCCCAGGCUGCCAAGCCCGUUGAAGUGAAACCCCUUUAGGACAGGUGUCUGUUUAUCCGCGUUUGUUCCAGUGGAGAUGGUCCCGGUUCUCUUUAACCUGAUCCCGGCCACAGUGUUUGUCCUCACCUGCAUGUCAGCGGUGCCGCUGCGGGGCCACAAGCCUCCGCAGGUGGACCCGGUGACAGCCCACCGGGCCGACCCGCAGUGCUGGGACUCCUCCUCGGCUCUGCUGCUGGAGAUGCGCUCACCGAGGAUAGCCGACACGGUGCCCGCCUUCUGGGACCUGAUGGGGACCCUCCGGUCCUCCGAGAACGGGAAACACACGGCGCUGUUCUGGGACCUGGCCCGGGUCUUUUGGGAGAUCUACGUGGACUGCGUCAUGUCCAGGAGCCACGGCCUGGGGAGGAGACACGUCACCUCGGUGCACUCCCUCAUUACCGACAAGUCCUUUAGGAUCAACAACACGAGAGCAAACUUCUGGACAAAGCUCACCGUCAGAGUGAGACGCAGAGGACACUUCACCACCCUGAAGACUGACCCCAAAUAAGACACAACGCAAGUGUUUCCCAAGGUUUCCAGGUGGACAGCUCUUGUCCUCACUUCAUGCCCUCUUUGUGAUUCCCUUGCCAGCAGCUGAAGGAGUCCAUGACUUUGUCAUCAACGUCACAUUUGACCGAUUCGAUUUGGGAUAUUGAUGUUAUUCUUUCACUUUACUUGAUAUUGUUACUCUUUUAUUUUUUUAUUUUUUUCUCUAUGUAAAUGUGUGUACAUAUAUAUUGUAAAUCUGCCUUGAUAAAAGACUUCAGAUUUUAUUUUGUUAUUUUGUUUGAUUCUAUGUUGUGGUAUGUGAAUAGUGGAGGAUUUUUAUUCGCUAAGGAAAAACUAAUAAAAAAAUACUUUUGCUUGUUU